UGUGACAGCCUAGAGAGCAUCCGCAUCACAGCCGUCUCCACCAUGAAGAUCAUUGGGGGUUUGCUCCUGUUCUGCACAGUGACCCAUUUCUUCAGCAGCUCAGAAGCUGCUAGCCUAUCUUUAACAAAAGGGGACUGCAGCAUUUACAAGAAGUACCCAGUGGUGGCCAUCCCCUGCCCCAUCACGUACCUGCCUGUCUGUGGUUCUGAUUACAUCACCUAUGGGAAUGAAUGCCACCUAUGCAUUGAGAAUUUGAAAAGUAACGGAAAAGUUCAGUUUCUUCAUGAAGGAGCAUGCUAACUUCCCCGCAGACAUGGAUACAGAGCGAUGACGUCUUCACCAUCACCUUCAUCUUCCCUGGGCUCUGACUGCCCUCUCCCUCAUCUCAG